GAUUGCAUUAUCGGAUCAGAUUUAACCUGCAGUCCAGCAAUAUCGAGGAAAGUGCAUAUACUUCAUGCCAUUUCCACGCGAACCGUAGCUGACAGUAGUUAGGUAAUAGUGACGCAAACAGAAACGGCGGGGUGUUAUUUCAACGGAUCCUUGUUUUCUGAAAGAAAAGCAAAUAGACUAUUUUUGAAAUGUCUUCAGACGAAGACAGGGCCAAGGAAAUAUUGAAGGGCUUCAAGCUAAAUUGGAUGAAUCUUCGAGAUGCAGAGACAGGUAAAGUGCUGUGGCAGGGAACUGAAGACCUGUCAGUGCCAGGAGUAGAGCAUGAAGCUCGGGUCCCUAAGAAGAUCCUGAAAUGUAAAGCAGUGUCCAGAGAACUCAACUUUUCCUCCUCAGAGAAACUGGAGAAGUUCAGACUGGAACAGAAGGUUUUCUUUAAAGGACAGUGUCUAGAAGAAUGGUUCUUUGAGUUUGGCUUUGUUAUUCCCAACUCCACCAACACAUGGCAGUCCCUGAUAGAAGCCGCUCCAGAGUCCCAGAUGAUGCCAGCCAAUGUUUUAACUGGAAAUGUGAUAAUAGAGACCAAGUUCUAUGAUGAUGAUCUCCAUGUCAGCACCUCCAGGGUACGACUUUUCUACGUCUGACCUCUGACCUGUUUCUCUACCUUCCUAAAUGCUGACGUCCUGCCAAGGUCUACAAGUUACCAAUUUUAGAUACAGUUGUCAUCAGGAUUCGGCUCAUCUCUGACAGUCAGUGGCGUGAGCUUUGUAUUGGGUGGUUUUUCUUCAAUUUGUGUCGACCUGAAAAUAUCUAGACCUUGGGAGGAAAAGGGAAGAGGAGGAAAGAGAAGAGCUCGACUUUGUUAUCUCUUUUCCAAGAUAAUCUCUCUGCAUUACCCCCAACAGACUGUUCUACUGUAAAUACAUAUCUCAAGUCAGCCAGAGAGUCGC